GAGGUAAGCGGCGGUUGGCGGCGGUGCCGGGGUUGGCAGCGCCCGCGGGUUGUCUACGCCGCGGGGCCUACGUCUCUGUCGGGCGUGCACCUCGGGAGCCACACCUGGGGCCCAGAGCCACCGCUCAGCACGCGGCGGGAGGGAAGGAAACCGCGGCGCUGGGGAUGGAGAGGGGGAAAGUGAAGAAGAAAGAGAAGGAAAAGGAGACGCAGAAGGAGAAAAUCAGAGAAAAGGGUAGGGAAGAGAAGGUGAAAGGAAAGGAGGUGGAGCAGAAAAUUAAACAAAAAGAAAAGCAAGAGCAGCAGGAGAGGAGAAAGGGAAAAGAGGAGAAAGAGGAAAAGAGGACAAAGCAAGGGAAGGAGACAAACAAAGAGAAGGAACAAUUUAAGGGACAAGAAGAGAAAGGGGAGAACAAGGACAGCACCUUGACAAGGACCCCGCUCGAGCCGCUGGAGAAAAACAAGCAAAUCCUAGUGCUGGGCCUGGAUGGAGCAGGAAAAACCAGUGUCCUGCACUCUCUAGCUUCAAACAGAGUCCAGCACAGUGUGGCACCCACCCAAGGUUUCCAUGCAGUUUGCAUCAACACUGAAGACAGCCAAAUGGAGUUCCUGGAGAUUGGUGGCAGUAAACCUUUUCGGUCCUACUGGGAAACGUACCUAUCCAAGGGAUUGCUGCUGAUCUUUGUGGUGGAUUCAGCAGAUCACAGCCGAUUACCUGAAGCCAAGAAAUACCUUCAUCAGCUAAUUGCAGCAAACCCAGUACUUCCUCUGGUUGUGUUUGCAAACAAACAGGAUCUUGAAGCAGCCUAUCACAUUACAGAUAUCCAUGAAGCUUUGGCAUUAUCUGAAGUGGGAAAUGACAGGAAGAUGUUCUUGUUUGGAACCCACCUGACUAAGAAUGGCUCAGAGAUACCCUCCACCAUGCAAGAUGCCAAAGACUUGAUUGCACAGCUGGCUGCAGAUGUGCAGUGACCAGGACUCAGCCCACUGUGCGGCUCAUGACUGAGAUGUCAUCAGUGUUGAAUGGCAGGCUUGAAGCCAAAGGUUUCCACCUCAAAUAAAAAUUAAGCCAUUUCCUA